AUGGAGAAAAAACCAGCAAAUACAGAUCCCACAAUCCCCUCAGAAGAGGACUUCAUCAAGGCUCUACACAACAACCGUCGAGAAUAUAUCGAAAUUGCCAACGACUUCCUCCAGUCUAUGGAAAAGAUGACUACGUUGGUCAAACAGCUUGAGAACAACAUUUCAGACAUGGAAACCUUAAACCGGCAGCAAUUCGUUAUCCUGGAUAAUCUUUCCCGGGAUAAAAGCAUUUAA